CUAUGCAGUUUGUAGAAUAAAACGAAACAGGUGUUAUGAAUCAAAGGUAUAACGGAAAGGAUGCUAUAAAUGGAUGCUUCGAUAAACUCGGAAUCGACUUUUCUUUUUGAUAGUAGAAAAGUAUAUAUAACGGAAUAUAAAUAAAAGCAAAUACAUGUAAAAGUAUAGAAAAUGGAAAAAUCUAUAGAAAGCUCUAAAUCCGAUAAUAAGGCGUGCGUUAAAUAGACAACUUUUUGUAUUAUUAUAAUUUAAUUCUAUAUCCGAGAAGAAGAAGAGAAGAGAGAGAGAGAGAGAGAGAGAGAGAGAGAGAGAGAGAGGAAAUCUUAUGCUUCGAAGCGAAAAUAAUGUUAAGCAGAGUUGAAACCUUGAGAAAGAGAGAGGAUGUAUAACGCUCCCAUUUUCGACGAUCUAAAUACGCCACCGCUUAGGAAAGCUAUAUAUCCAACAACGCCCAUUAUUUUGAGGAUAUCUGAAGGGUUGCUUGCCGACCCAGGAAGCGUCUCGUGCAUUCCUUGGCGAACUAAUCACUGUAUAAUGAAGAAAUUUAUAUUCGUGCGGCGAGACGCUCGGCGACGGCGAAACGUCAAGUUGUCACCGCCUCGAUACUUCCGCGACUCCAUCCACGGUCAAGUUUCUUAAUUAAGAAACCGUCCAUCUCAACUGUCUUCGUCAACUGUGUGGAUUUCGUGAACUUAUCACAACGACAUUAAUGAGACCUGUCAACAAAAAGACAUACUACGACUGGACGUCGACUUUGAUAGGUUGACAUUCGAAUAUUCAGUAGCCAACACUAUAUCCAUGUGUGUGAAACAACGGCGAGAAAAAAACGAAGGUGAUGAGUGCGCAGGGAAAAGACAUAACGCGGAUCUUCUUCCUAUUAUUCACGCGUGUCCGAGAAAUCAAUAUCAAACUCGCCGAUACGGGCGGGAAAAUCGUCGCCGGAAGUUUUUCCACGGGAGCGUCAGAGGCAAAAUCGAGGAUAAGGAGGACCGGCGUCGGGCGGGAAGGGCUAAACAAGACGCUGAAAAUCAACCUAGUGGAUCCACUAAUAAUGACGUUUAUGAUCCCCACAUGCAUCGUGUCACUUACAAACCAGUAUCAGACUUUAAUACUUUGGCAAAUCUAGUAAAAAGCGCGGCGGGAACGGGUCUGUUUGCCAUGCCGAACGCGUUCGCCUGCGUCGGGCUCUUUAUCGGCAUUGUUGGCACGGCGUUUAUGGGACUCCUGAUAACCGGGUCUCUUCAGUUGCUCGUUAGAAUUCACCAUCUGAUGUGCACCCGUGUGAGAAAACCUGUCUUGAUAUACGAAGACGUAGUGGUCACCGCUUUAACCAGGGGUGUGCGAGAACCGUGGCUCUCCGCGCGCACUGCAACACUCAUCGUCGAUGUGACGAUGUUGGCUUGCUACAUCGGGAUCGGCUCGGUUUACGUCGUAUUCAUUUCCGGUAUAGUCCAAGAAUGCAUAGACACUGAAAAAACCAUCGGUCAGGGUUACUACGCACUUAUGCUAUUCCCUCUUCUUUUUAUAAUGAAUAUGGCGAAGAAUCUAGCGGACAUUGCGCCGAUUUCUGUUGCCGGGAACAUUUUACUUCUCGCCGCUGGAGGUAUUGGAAUCGUUUACGCAUUAAAAGACGGGAUUGGCGAUGUAUGGACUACGAUUGGACCGAACGUACAUUUAUAUCCGAAAUUUAUUGGCGUGGUUUUCUUUAGUAUGUGUUCGCCAGGCGUGAUAUUGGCGAUAGAGCAUAGUAUGAAAAAGCCCUGGAAUUACGUUAGAUUAUGUGGAAUAUUAAAUUGGGGCAUGAUAUUUUUGAUUUUGAUACACAUUUUCGUUGGAUCUGUUGGUUAUUUAAAGUGGGGUCCCGAUGCACUCGGCAAUUUUAUCCGCAAUCAUGAGGAACUUGAUGGGCCGACAGUCGCGGCAUUGAUAAUGCAAGCGUUGGCAAUAUAUUUCACGUAUGGGCUGCAAUGUUACAUGCCCAUCACAAUUCUGAAAGACGGCUACGCUUUACCAGCGAUUGAGAGUGGUGCCUGGAAAGGAACACCAUUUCUGUGGGACCUGAUUAUUCGUUUCGGCAUCACGCUCAUUACGUGCAUUUUUGCAGCGGCGAUUCCGAAGCUCGAUCUGUUUACCGGCUUAGUCGGCGCGAUAUGCAUAUCCACUUUAGCCACAUUAAUCCCGGUCACUUUAUACAUUCUUGUACAUUAUGAGGAUUUCGGAAAGUUCAAAUGGAGAUUGAUUUUGGGUGUCUCCAUGUUUUCCAUUGCUUUUUUCGCGGCGAUUUGCGCCGUCGUGACUAAUCUCAAAUUAAUCGUGGAGUUUUUGAUAUAUGGAGACUAAACUUACAACGACAAAGAGGUUGUCUUAAUCUAGUCUCUGUUCGUAAUCUGCUUCUCAUGAAAAUAUCGUCCGUGUGCGCCUCAUAGUGUUCUUUUUUUUUUUUUUUACUUUUGUCUUCGGGCGCGGUUGUAAAGCCGCCAUCGUUUACGCGCGAUUCAGCCUAAUCACGGCAGCUGCGGCGGCGGCGACGGUGAGGCGACUGGAAAAACCGCGAAAAAGGCGUAAAGCUCGUGAAGGACAAAAAGCGAGGAAAGCGGGAAAAAAGGAGAGAGAAAAGAGGGAAUAUAUACGGCAAAAGAGGAGAGAAGCGCGCCACGUAUAAUCGCGUCAGAUCACCGAGGCGUCAAUGGCUGCUACUGGGCUUAUCGCACAUACACGUACACACACGUGAGGGAGACGCAAUGAUAAAGAGGGAGACACACGUGGAAACUGGUAGACACGUAUCGCGACACGGCGAAUGCACGAUUGUGUGGGUAUAUACGAAGGCCAGGGGGACGACGUUGCGCAAAUAGCGAGAGAAAGAGAGAGAGAGAGAGAGAGAGAGAGAGAGAGAGAGAGAGAAGAGAGAAAGAGAAAAAGAGAGAAAUAGGUACCCUCUCUCUUUCUCUCUCUAUCUAUGGGAGAAGGAACCAAAGCAGAGGCGGCGGCGUCGGCGCGAAGAGAGAACGGGACAGCGGGACACGGAAGGGUGCUUUUAUCAUAUAGAGAGGACACAACCCCCUUUUAGUGGCUACCGUCGCGUUGUCCCCCACAUCUUAACCUACCGUAUCCUCUGUCGCUCUUCGGGGGCCGCCCUCUCUUUCUCUCUCAGAUUCGCCCUUACAGACUGCCUCCGCCUGGUCGCUCAUCCGUUUGCCAGUUCAAGGUGGCUGCGUUCAUUACCGGAGGAUACACCGGGUGUGGGUCUCUACCGAACCCGUCGUGCUCUUCCCUCGUUCUCGACAGCCAGCCCCCGAGAAAACGUUUAAUAAUUAUAUCGAUGAGUCGUCAAGGACACCGUAACGCUCACGACAUUGUGCGAAUCGUGAAAUUUGCCGGAAAAAGCUCAAAAUUAUCGACAAAUAUUUAUGCAAAUAUAAUUAUGCCGAGAUUUAUAAUUUCACAAUACGUGUAAAAAUUGCAAGCGGGUAUAUAGAUUAAUCUUGCACUAUAAAUUAUACACAUACAUAAUUUAAUAAUGUCCAGAUAUAUAUGUAUAUACUUUUUUUCUUUUUUUUUAAUUAUAUAAUAAACAAGAUAAGAUAAAGAUACUAUAUAAAACUAUGAAAUUUAUGCUUUGCAUUCAGUUUUGUAAAUACGAAUAAAGAUUAAGAGCUCUAACUCUA